GCUUGCUGGGUUUAGUAUGUGUGUGUAUGUGAGUGUGUGUGUGUGAGUGUGUAUGUGAGUGUGUAUGUGAGUGUGUGUGUGUGAGUGCAUCGUUUGUCGCAAACGUGAACCCUACAUCAGAUCCAUCGCCCUCCGCCCACCGAAUUCCAAUCCCCCCGCUACAUUCCCAUUGCUAAUUUGGCAACCGGGUCACCAUUGCUCUCGAUUCGCUCUUGGGUUUUGAUUCCCACAAACUUAUUCUGCUGCCAUCGCGAUCGUAUUCCUCCGUUCAUCUCGUUGUGUAGCCCUGCAUUUCUAUCCCAUUUCUAGCGUGUUGUGAUGUAAUUGGGAAGUCUUUGAUCUGCAGUUGACGUUGCAGAUGGUGUUGUUGUUGUUUUUGGUGCCUAGUUUGAUCCCUCGUGGAGUUUGGAUGGCGCAUUCUCUUGGUCACGAUUGGUCCCUGAGUUUACUGUUUGGGAAUACGCGCGAGCUUGUAGUGAAAUCCUCUGGUGGCUCUUAAUUGUUAAUUGUUGAUUUUCCUCCGUUGUGUGUUAGCAGUAGUAGCGCUAGUUCAUGCAACGUGCACUCGUUUCCUGUGGUUUGUAAUUGUUGGUUUAGAUCAGAACUGAGUUCGGUUGCUUACGCUACAUUCAUGCCAUUAGGUAGUUUAGUAUGAGGUUUCCUGAAUAGUAGGGAGGGAUAUUAUUGUAAGAGCUUCUUUCGAGGUUUUGUUAUUCAUUUGUUUGGCGGUUUGUGAAUUGGGUAUUGUUGUCUUCAAUUUCCAUCCCCAGUUUGGUUUGCGCCGAGUUUGACUUGCACUACCUUCGUGGAAAUUGGCUCAUCUGUGGAGUUCUGAAGUAAAGAUGCUGUUACUUCAUCAUUCUAGCUUACUUUUGAAGAAUUCCUCUCGGGGGUUAGCUGAUUAGUGGCGUUGAUCGUACGAAAAAAUUGCUGUAAUAUGUGCGUCAGUUCUACAGUUAAGAGCUCUUUAGGUCACAUUCUUGUUUCACUGUGCAUUGAUUUCGCUGCUGGUUGUGGGAUGCUCAUGUUGAGUACAUUCUGAAGCAUUUUUCGUUGUUAUUGCUGUUUUUCUUUUUCUCCCUAUAUUGUCAGUGUCUUUAAAACCCUAGAAUGAUCCGACCGCCUUGACCAUUAUCGAUACCUCGUGAGGGGGUUGAUGGAUUAUUUAAAAGGGUGUACUUCGAGACCUGCGUUUCUGGGACAAAUACCAUUCAUAGUAGAGUGAAGCAAUUUUGGUUCGAUACUUGCGGGCGUGAAGUUUUUAAAGCCUCUGCUACGUAUCUUGAUGCAAAAUGAUCGAAGGAUUAACGCCCGCGCAGACUGGUGCGCUGACUGUGAUAAACCAAUGUGCCUCGGCACUCUCAUUUGUCGGCACAUUCUUCAUUGUCAUGUGUUAUGUCCUCUUCAAGGACCUGCGCUCGUUCGCAUUCAAGCUUGUUUUCUACCUUUCACUAUCUGACAUGCUGGCCAGUCUCUUCAACAUGUUGGGAAAUCCGGGUGAGGGCUUUCUAUGUUAUGCCCAAGGUUACAGUUCCCAAUUUUUCUCCAUUGCAUCAUUUUUGUGGACGACGACCAUAUCUUUCACCCUGCAUCGCGCAGCCGUCAAGCAUAAGACUGAUGGCGAGGGAUUUGGCGCAAUUUUUCACGUCUAUGUUUGGGGCACAUCAUUAAUGAUGACCAUCAUACCGUUGAUUGGGAACGAUUACGGACCUGCGGGAGCUUGGUGCUGGGUUCAAUCUGAAACCGCGGCAGGCAAGGUGCUUCGCUUCAUGACAUUCUACUUGCCUCUGUGGGGAGCCAUUCUCUUUAAUGGCAUUGCUUACUUUCAAGUCAUCCGAGUUAUCAACAACGCAACUAGUUUGGUUUUAAUUCAGAUGGCAACAGAAUUGUCCGACAGACAGCUACAAGUACAAACUAGGGUUGAUAUGAAGGCUUUAAACCGAUAUGGAUACUACCCAUUAAUACUCAUUGGCUCUUUUACUUUUGGGACCAUUAACCGCAUAUAUGGUUUUGUAGAGCAACAUCAUCCUCUCUUUUGGCUCUAUUGUCUUGAUAUUGCCUCUGCCUCUUUGAUGGGUUUCUUCAAUUCCAUAGCGUAUGGCUACAACAGCUCAGUUCGUCGCGUUUUACAAGAGAAAUUGGACUUGAUCUGGCCGGAGAAAUAUCGGUGGUGGACAUCUGGAUUUACAAGACUAGAUAAUUCGGGUGAGGCUGAGAUGGUUUCACUUGAAGCUGACCAAGGCCCGUGAGCCGUGUCAGUGGUUUUCCAAGUUUUUUCAUUAACUCUAUAAAGUCUUUUCUGACUUGUGUACAAAACUUCAAGCACUGGAAUAUGAUAUUUAGCUCUUGGGCGAUGUUGUACCGUCAUUUUCAGUUCUUAUCUUCGUCCACUUUAUAGAGUGAUCAAAAAAUUGUUGGGCAGCACUUUCCCGAGCAACAUGGGAACAGAGGUACAGAGAAGUCGAGCGUAGCUCAAGGAGGGCAUCCACUUUUAUUUUACUCAAGUGACCUACUUGCCAAAAACGUUGUUGCCAUGAUAUUUUGGCAAAUGUCUGGAAGGUGGCGGCUCGACAAAGUUAGGAUAGUCUCGAUAGGUUGGGCUUUCUGCUCAGGAGUUGUACUCUUGAGCAUUUUGUAAAUGGGUUUGCCGAUUUGGGUUGGGGUUUCGUAUCCGUUGUGAGCUGUUAUAGGUUCUGAGGUUUAUUUUCUAUAGCAAGAGAUUUCUUUCAUAAUGUUACUGCUCCGUGUUCGAUAGACCUGGGUCGGGAUGUCGGAGAUUGACGCUAUUCAAAAUAAAUGUGUAUGUUUUGGAUCA